CGUACUGUGUGUGUGCGUUCGAUCACGCCACUGGGGAUUCCCCCGCGUGACAAAAACAGCUUUGCCUUUCACAUGUCAGCUCUUCCCCUUCUCGCCUUUCAUUGCUCAUAUGCUCUCCGCCUGGAGCUCACGCAUUUACCGGAUAUUUAGUCGACGGGUAGUCGUUUGUGUGUCGUUUCACUCGUUUUAAACCCGAUUCACCGACUCGUGAGUGAUCUGCCAUGUUUUCGAAACUUUUUAAAACGCGUUAAAUCGGUAAAAAGUGAACGCCUCUUCCUACACAGAGGGCACAGUGUUGUCAGUUAAUGGCAUGAUACGCAGCGGCUCGUUCCUCUGGUUUCACGAAGACGGUGCGGCGGUUAUCACAGGUGUCACCGGGCUGUCCGGUCACAUCACCGAGCACCGAGCGGCUACAGCGCCCGCAGGAAGCCUUUAAAUCCUUGGGGAAGGCGGGAGGGGGAAACCCAGCGAGGCCACCAUCAUCACCACCACCAUCACCACAGCAGCACUACCAUGGCGAGCCAUGACUGUACUAAAGAACACUUGCCGGAGGAUAACCGCACAGACUCAGGCAUUGAGUCGUACCGCUCCAUAGUGAAGUCGGAGGAGCCCCGGGGGCCGAGCAAUGACCUCAGCGGGCCGAGGGACAAGUUCUCCGGCGGGGAGGAAUGGCUGGACUCAGCCUACGGUUCCUCGUCUCUCACGGUAGAGAGCCUGUCGGAUAUAGUCGGGGGCUGCACGAUUUCCAGCAGCAACCAGCAAGUACAGAGCUCUGAACUCUCUGAGCAGGAGCAGGAGCAGGAGGAGAACUUGCUUACAACUAUUACAGAGGAUGGAGACACAAUCCUGCACUUAGCAAUUAUCCACGAAAUAUCACCACUUGCUAAGGAGUUGAUACAGAUAUUCCCAACAGAAGUCCUGGACAUCCAAAAUAAUUUAUAUCAGAGCCCUUUGCACCUCGCCACCUACUUAAACCUGAGAGAGGUGGUGCAGAGUCUGAUGGAGAAACAGGUCAGCAUAGAGCUGCAGGACCAGGACGGGAACACGGCGCUCCACGUGGCCUGCCAGCACGGGCAGUUAGAGUGCGCAACCGAAAUGACCAAAGACGUUUCUCCCAGCAAGUUAGCUCCGAUCCUCGAGACCCAGAACUGGAGAGGUCUUGGCUGUCUUCACUUGGCUGCACUGAACAGGCAACAUGAAAUUAUGAAGCUCCUGAUCAAAAAUGGUGCAGAUCUGAAUAUACAGGAAGGAACCAGCGGCAAAACGCCUCUUCACCUCGCCGUGGAGCUGCAUGACAUCACAUCUGUGAAGCUGCUGCUCGGCAGCCGAGCCAAUGUGGACGCUGCAAUGUUUAAUGGCUGCACACCCCUGCAUCUUGCGGUGGGGAGACAGGACGCCACCAUCGCCACCAUCCUCUGUCAGAAUGGCGCCGACAAAAUGCUGCGAAACAUGGAGGACGAGACGGCGUUGGAUUUGGCUGACGGCAAUGAUGAUAUUCUGGCUCUGUUUCCUUUUGAUGACAUCCAGAUCUCUGGAAGGUCGUUGGUUGGCGUGAAGUUUUGAGCUGAGUCACGGGCUGAACAACAGUCCUCUAAUUGUCUGGAG